AUGCACCGCUAUUUCGCGAGAUUUAUUUCGUGGCGCACUGAAUAUGAUUUUGUGUUUGAACAGAUUCGGUGUUCAGCGUACAUAUAUUCGAUAUACUUCAGAAGCCACGAGAGGGUGGCGGAGGAGGAGAGGGCGCGCACCACGAUCGGCCCCCUCCCGGAGACGAGGGAAGCUAUCGUCUUCCCCAUACAUCGCAUCUCUGAUAACAAUGGAUCUGAAAAUGUAGGCGCGUGGUGCGGACCGGAGUACAGAGUGGCAGGGAUCACAUUGAUUCUCACCUUCGUCGUCAGAUAA